UUGCGAUGGGGAAGAAGCAGCAAGAUGUCGUCGCGAAAUGGAUGGACGCGCUACCCCACUAUCACGUGCCACAAGCCCAAGAGUUACGGCAGUCGAAGCCACAUUAGGAGACGGAGCUUGGGAAUAAAGCCAAAGGCACGAGACUGGCAGCAAGACAAUCUUUACUGUUCUACAUAUUUUCUAAUUUCUUGCUUGCUGCCAUGGAAUUUUUCAAAUCUGCCGUCGCCUCAGCGAUAUCAAAAGGCCCUCCAUUUCCUUACACAUUUGGCGACCAAGUCGACGUCGAUACCAGCAUAUGGACCCUUUACAAUGGAACCAAGCGCGAAGAUGGCUCACCAUGUAGUAUAUUCUCCUUCGAUGUGACUGCGAACAAGUCCCGGCUGCCAAUGGCAAAGAAUGCUGUCAGAAAGCUACGAACGUUACGACAUCCCGGAGUUAUAAAAGUGCUGGACACGGUGGAGACCGAGACGUACAUAUACAUUGCGACAGAAAGACUGGUCCCUCUGCGGUGGCAUAUCAAGCGGAAGAGCAUGAGUGCAGAAACACUGAAAUGGGGUCUAUUUGGAGUUGCGCAAACUAUUAAGUUCAUAAACGACGAGGCAGCUUCCGUUCAUGGUGCCUUACGAGUCGGAUCGAUAUAUACCAGUGAAAGUGGAGAAUGGAGAGUUGGAGGCUUCGAGGUUCUGAGUAGUAUGAAAGAUGACGAAGCUAUAAUAUACAACUAUGGCAGUCUGGUCCCAGACUCUGGACGAUAUACACCACCAGAGCUGGCGAAGUCUGGAUGGGAAACGAUCAAGAAGAACCCAUUACCUGCCGUCGACGCUUAUAACUUUGGGACAUUAAUAUUCGAGGUAUUCAAUGGAGACUUUAUGGGAGGAGAUCAGGCGGGCCAGACCAAGAACAUACCUCCGAGCAUGCAUUCGACUUAUAGACGGCUGGUGAACAGUAACCCAAAGGCGAGAGUCAGUACAGGGGCUUUUCUGGAGCAAGGACGUCGCAGUGGAGGUUUCUUCAACACACCUCUGAUCAAGCUUACUGAAGGCGUGGACAAUCUCGGAAUGAAGAGCGAAGAGGAACGAGAAGAGUUUCUGGAUGAUCUUGAUGAGCUGUCCGAUGAUUUUCCUGAAGAUUAUUUCAAAAUGAAGAUUCUCCCAGAGCUGCUCAAAUCCGUCGAAUUUGGCGGAGGUGGGCCGAAGGUGUUUGGCGUAGUAAUGAAGAUCAGCAAGAAACUCACAGACGACGAAUUCGAAUCCAAGGUUACACCAGCUGUUGUACGGCUAUUCAGUAGUCCGGAUCGAGCUAUACGAGUUUCACUCUUGGAUAACCUUCCCAUAAUGAUUGACAGGCUGCCGCAAAAGAUCGUCAAUGACAAAAUAUUCCCUCAGAUGGUCACCGGAUUUACCGAUGUAGCACCAGUUGUAAGAGAGCAGACAGUCAAGGCUGUCUUGACCAUCAUAGGGAAGCUAUCUGACAGAACCAUCAAUGGCGAGCUCUUAAAAUAUCUUGCGAAGACAUCCAAUGAUGAGCAACCUGGUAUUCGGACCAAUACCACAAUUUGUUUGGGAAAGAUUGCCAAGAAUCUGGGCGUGGGUAAUAGGGCCAAAGUAUUGAUCGCAGCGUUCACGCGAUCGCUCCGUGACCCAUUCGUCCAUGCUCGAAACGCAGCCUUGAUGGCCCUUGCUGUAACCUCAGAUUCAUUCAGUGAAGAUGAUUGUGCCAGCCGCAUAUUACCGGCACUCUGUCCCUCUCUCAUAGACAAGGAGAAACUUGUUCGUGAUCAAGCCAACAAGACUAUGGAUAUCUACAUGCAGCGCAUCAGGAAGUUUGCUGCUACAAUGCCGGAUUCAGUUCUGCCACCACCGACAACAGAGACAUCGGCAACACCCACACCUCGUAUGAGCACUCCUCAGCCUAGCGAAGCCGCUUCAUGGGCAGGUUGGGCGAUCUCCUCGUUUACCAAUAAGGUUUCCUCCGCAGCGGGUGAAAUCUCGGCACCAGCUUCUAAUGGAGCAGCCAACCCAUCUCGACCUGCCUCUGCACCAACAUCUGAGCCACGAAGACCUCCUGGAACAGCAUCAGCAUCAGCACUCCACCGACAAGCAGUGGCCUCUCCACCCGCGACCUCAGCACGAACCUCCACAUCCUCAAAUACCAACGACUACUUCCAAGAUUCAACUGCAGCAGAUGAAGACAACGAUGCUGACGAUGCAUGGGGUAAUAUGGGCGAGGAUUCUUUCUUUGACGUACCAUCCGAAACGCCAAAACCUCAACCAGCAGCAAAGCCGUUUGAUGAUGAUGGCGAACCAGACUUUGCAGGUUGGCUCGCGGCGCAAUCAGGGAAGAAACCUACAGCGAAGCCAUUACCAAAAGGGUUGACCAAAGCUGCCAACGGGAGGCCUGCCGCUGCAAGCAGAAGUGCAACAACAGGAAGUGUUGGCUCCGGAGCAAAGAAAUCUGUUCCUGCUGCGAAAGCAAAACCGUUAGUGGCUAAGAAGAUUGAUACAGCGCCGAAAGAGACAGGGGAAGACGACGGGUGGGGCGAUGGGUGGUGAUCUGUCGGUCUGGACUUAUCUUGGUCGCUUUUGGUAUUUGGAGCAAGGCAUAGCAGUGGCGUUCAGGAAAUUUUGGAAGGAAGAAAGUAGGAUACCAGGACAAAGUAUAUACUUUGUGCUCAAAUGUCAAUAUGUCAUUUUGAGAUUGAGGCAGUGCCACAGCAACAACUGUUCAUGAUGUGUUUUUGAAAGGGUAUGAGUUACCUGAGAAAUUGCAUAAAAGCCUUGCUACAAUCCUAGCAUUAUGCAAAGCGAGGUCAUUACCUAAUAAAUGCCAGCCUAGUCUGCCACUCAAAAGGGGGACGACGACGACGACGACGACGAUAACUCCAGAACUCAGAAGAGGGAAACCGACAGCGAAGGGUCCAGAAUCUAGAAGAUAGAAGACGACGACGAAUACUCUAGAAUCCAGAAGGAGUAAAACAACGACAUAAGGUCCAGAAUCUAGAAGAGUCCACUAACCCUACGACCUCUAUUCUCGGUCCUAUGUUCCGGUGACUGUGACGAGCAGGACCUCUUUGUUUACUUUUUCUUUGAGGCCCUAGGGCUCACUCACGUUUAGUAUUUCGUAGCUGCUUUAUCAGCUACCAUGUGUAUAUAGUUUGAGUCCUCUCUUGACUCUCUUCCUUCCUUAGUUCUUGAUUUCAAGG